UCGGAGAGAAGCAGAGGCUGCGGUGCGGUAUGAUAACAUUUCACUGUCUCUCCAAAUGAUAAGUGCUACAUUUUUUUUCAUUCUCCCUCCGCGUGAGGAAUCUCGCCUCCCUAAUCUCAUUCCCCCCGUCAACCAGUCGCAGAGUUGCGUUUCCUUAUAUUUUUUCUGAUUUGUUUUUAUAAUCCAACUGCAUGCGAAGUGCAUCACACUGGCAUCCGUGCUGAAACUGAGGAUGUAUUCUUAAUUUUUCUGUUGUAUUUUCCUUUUUUUAAAAAAAAAAUAUCUGAUGUCUUGGUCCUGUAUUAAAACAUUAGCCUGAAACAAAUGCGUGAUCACUUCCAGAGCUGAAACACACCAGGAAUGACGGCGGUUCGUCUUGUGUUUUGCACUCCUUUAUCUCUUUCGUGGCUUUUUGGGGGAGACUUCGCGCAGGAGUAUAUAUUGUGCUUUUGAAUAAAUCGAAAGUUUGAUUGAUGUGAGAGAUUGGGCAGAAGGAAAGGCUUUGAAAAAACUUAGAAGACCACCUGCCCCGGACAGAUACCACUGCCUUCUUCAGCUGCGUUCUUUAGAAAUCCAUCUGAAAGACAAGAAAACAAUUGAGCAACUUACGGUUCAUGAUUUUUCUCCUUUUUGUUAUUCCUGGAGAUAAACCUUCCUUUUAGGAGUUGUUAAACGCUUCCGACCCUGUGGCAAACCUUCAGAAUGAUUGCGUUAUUAAUAUCUGGAAUAAGGUCCCUCGCUUAAUUGUUCAAUGUGCAUCUGCCGGCAUCUGGGGAAAGAUUUGUUUAUAUAAAUGGGUGGAUACUUGAAGAAGUGAUUCGGGAUUUAUUGUAGAGAAAAUGUGGAUAAAAAGAUUUAUUGCGCACAGUUCAAUGUCUCCUAUACGACCCGGAGGCUCAACUGGACGGCACGCAUGGAUUCUUCUUGCCAUGAUCCAUCUUACCAUGGAUUUCUCUUCCUGUAGCCCUGUCACGCAAGGUGCGGGAUUCAAACUCAUAUCAAAGCCCUUGCCUCGACACAGACUGGGCCACAGCCCCCUGUGGGAUGCGCAGAACAGGCUGCACUGGAAGAUCCCAAGCCUGUGGUGGCAGAGGGCUUCUCGUCCUGGGAUGCACCUGGGAAAAGUGGGCAAGGGCCUGCUGUUAAGAAGUCACAAACACAGGGGACCAAUGCAUAAAGGCAUGCUUUGUAAAGAGUGCCAGUCUACAUAUUCUUCCACUGAGCUGUUGGACUCUGUGGGCUCUCCUGUGGAGCGAACCUCGGAUAAAGUGACCUUUUUGAAAAGGCCGAGGAGGCAAGUGAAAUGGGGGGAUUAUGAGCAUUAUCCGGAAGGGAGGACCACGACGGUGCCUGGAUUUAUCGAUUGGGGACCGACGGGGGGAGAUGACACAAGCACGGGGGAGAAUGGCGACAAGCCGGUUCCAAACUCCACAGUGGCUCGCAAACCCCCGACAGCCACCGCUGCAACGAUCAUCACCACCACCGUGACCACAAAGAGUCCCAGAAAUACGCCAAAAAGCCCUCCGGUGGUGACCACGACGAGGAAACUGACCACAACACAGUCCAGUGUUAGUUUUGGAGAGACCAUCAAACCUCCUAAGCCAUUUGGAGACACAGCAGGUCUGGCAGUUCACCAGAUAAUCACAAUCACUGUGUCUCUUAUCAUGGUCAUCGCUGCCUUGAUAACAACACUCGUCCUUAAGAACUGCUGUGCACAGAGUGGAAAUGGGCGCCAUAACAGCCACCAGAGGAAGAUCAACCAACAGGAGGAGAGCUGUCAGAACUUGACUGAUUUUACUCACGCUCGGAUUCCCAGCAGUGUAGACAUAUUCACUGCCUACAACGAUAGUUUACAGUGCUCCCACGAAUGUGUGCGGACUGCAGUGCCAGUGUAUACAGAUGAAAUGAUACAGCAGACCCCGGUUUACAAGACAGCAUAUAAUGGAAAUAGACCUUCGCCCACCGAACGGCAGCUAAUUCCAGUGGCCUUUGUCUCUGAGAAAUGGUUUGAAAUCUCCUGCUGACUGGCCGAAGUCGCUUUACUUCCUGUGGGCGGAACAGACUUCGUGUUUCUGUUUCCUGAUGCAAUUAUCGUCUUACAGAAGAGUGUAAAUCAUAGACCUAUCAGGUGUUAGUUCAGUGAUCCAUAAAGGCUUAGCUGGAACAAAGGCUACAAACCACAGUAAGUUGGUUCGGUUUCUCUCAGCAGAUUUUGGGAACAUUAAACCUGGAAGCUGGGAUAAAAAAUGGUCAUGCAUACAUGGUUGUUUGUAUGGUCUGGUGCCCAUGUUAACACUCAAGAGGGAAUGAAUUUUCAUUGCUUUUGAAUUGGAAUUACUCUGUGCCCUUCUGAGGAUUACAGGUUAUGAAAUUUGAUGCAUGCCGAGGCAUUCAAUAGUCUUGCCUGGCUUUGCAUCCUUACGAUAAUGUGGUGCAUUUCUGAAAUCAACUGUUCAUAGAAGCAGCUCGUCUGUGCUGCCUCUUCAGGUUUGUUAUUCAUUGUUAUAGCUUAGAAUACUCUUGCAUGUGCUUCAUGUGCUUAUUUAAUUGUUUGUGUUUCUCUUCACAGGAUUCCCUUGGUAAACCUCUAAACAAAGCAAAACAAGCAAAUACAUAAGCAACAGGUUUUGUACAACUGUGGGACUCAUCUGGACUUUCAUGAACAAAUUUAUUUUUCUAAAAAUAAAAGUAAACAGAUGCCAGUUCUUAUUAUUAUGAAGAAAACUGUGGCAUUUCAUAUAUAUAGAACUAUAUAGAUGGAAAUGAAACUAAGCAUGCGGAGUUCUGUAAGGUGAGACAUCAAAACGUGGAGUAUCCCAAAGGCCACUGAAACACUGAACUGUGAUACUGAACAAUGUGCCAAUAAUGCCAUUAUGUGCCACAAACUGUACAGAAGGGACCUAACCUAGGAUUCCAUUGAUGGUUACAAAUAUGAUCAGCAAACCAUUUCUGACUCUAUUCCUCCAUCAUUCAUUACCCCUUUUUUAACACAAAGCGAAGAAAAGAAAAAAAAACUUUUUGAAUACAUUUUAAUGUUGUUCAGGAGUUGUCGCAACUUUCAAACAUUUGUAUGAAGCACUAUACAAUAUGAAAAAAGUUGAAUAGCUUUCUAUAGUGUUGGUGGUACAGUGCAUAAUUUUAAGGCAUUUCCAUAAGAUCCUUGGUUUCCCGUUUGAAUUUGAUCUGGACUGUCUAUUUUUAUACUAAGAGUGAGAGAAAUAUGAAGAGAUAAACUAGAAAUCGCAUUGGCAACACAAGCAGUAGAGCCCUCUUGUUAAUUAAUAUCAAUAUAUUUUAAUUACCCCUUUAAUUACCCCCUGGUGUCCAGUGUGAGAAACAGACUCUCCUGGCCACAAGCCCAAGAUGAUCCUCAUCAUUAAUGGAUAUUAUUUUUUGCAUCGCUUUUGUGCAUUAAUGCAAACUUGUUUUUUUCCUUUUAUUGUAAAAUUUCUUUAAGCCACAAUUAGCUUUUUAAUGCAUACCAUAUGUUAGUGGCAGUAUCUCUCAUGGGAUGUCUUGGAGAAACAUUUAAAUCUGAUGUGGACAAAAUGAUGUACCCAAAGUUUAAUGCAAAUGAGAUUGAUAUCCUCCUCUUUGAAUUCUGCUUUCACUGGAAUGAGAGGAAAAACCGAGCAAGCUCUUCAUGUAUACCCUAGAGAGGUAUCUUUGGAGUAAGUAAAGAAGAAGGAGUCAGACAACAUUGGGGGAAGUGAUUAAGCCAUUUACUGUUUGGUCCAUGCUCUGGCUAAUAUUUAAGUGCAGUACGCUUAAAUGUGACUGAACUGUAGUAUAUAAAAAGUCUAAUUUAAAAAUCUGAAAAAAAGAAAUGAAUGAAUGUUGUUUACCAGAACAGAUAACAAUAAAAUGUGAAAAGAGGAAUCUCAUCAUUGAUUUUACUCAGAAAGAUAUUUAUAGAACUUGCAGUGAACACUGUUAUGUUUACUAGGAAGUCUGUAACAGACAUUUUAUUGCAGCAUUCUUACUGUCAUAAGGUUUAAGUUGACCAGGUCUAUUUACUGUGCUUAGUUGUGCCAUUUUACUGUUCUUAAAACACACUGGCUGGGUAAUACUACAGUCUUUUUCUGUUACCUACUCUGAAUGCUUUUACACUCCUGUAAGAGAUAACUGCCUCUUUAACCUAAGAUGUGAGUCCAAGCUUGUGUCGCUGCUGCCUGAUUUAACAUUUUUAUUGAAAGUAAGCAUUUUUAAAAGUCCGAAGGAUAUAAAUUGAUGUAAAUUACAAGUGUAAAUGUUUUUUUCUAUAUCCCUACUUCUAUUUGUGUACCUCUGUGUUGUAGUUUUUAAUUGGGGGCUUUUUUUGGAAGGGUUGGGGGUUGUGUCUUUCAAUCUUCACAAUGGAUUACAAAAGGUAUUCUUUCAUUACAUUAUCAUUGUUGUGCCAAAUUCCUUCAUUGUAAAUUCAAGCAGUAUUUCUAUAGCAUUUUCAGUGAAAACAUUUAACACUAUUUUUUUAAGAAAGCUACAUUUUAAGUACACUUAUGUCUGAUUGCAGAGGAAAUAUAUUUUAACCUGAAAAGGACCAAAUUUGAAGGCAAGAGAACUAUUUUCAAGAGAGUUAUCUUAACGCACAAUUACUGAACAAAUGAACACUUUCGUCAAUUUCCCUACGGGAUCAAUAAAGUCUUAUCUAUCUACCUUUGCAUGGGCUAUUACACAAUGUUUUCAAUCUGUAUAACGUACUGUACAGGAGAUGGAUGCCUUAUAUUUUUCAAAAUCAACAGGCUAAUAUUAUAUAAAAUAGUCCUGCAAGGGAGUCGUUCAACAGAUUUUCAAUGUAUCUGAGGUUUUGAGGUUGAGGGCAGUUUGGAGAUCCACUAGAAACUAUGAAACAAAAUGCACAGAAUUAUGGAAAUGUAUAGACUGAUCUCGUGCCCAAAUUUCACUUCAGUUUUCUUCAUGGAGAUGUUACAUUGUUUCAACUGAAACUUGCUGCUUUAUUAAUUAUAUUCACACAGUAAUACAGUAAUUGUGUUGAUCAUUGCGGAGUAAAAAUAUUUAAAAUAGUAAAUUAGAGAUCUGUGCAGAUCAAUAUAGAAAGCUGUUUUGGGGGAUUCUUAUCUUGUGCUUCAAAUGUACAGUAGAACAAAUAAACACAUAUGUCUUCUAAGGAAUAUAAGUUGGUUCACUGCUCCUAAAAAUGUUUGACACUACCAUUACAUCUCACAGAUACAUUCUGGGAUUACAUACUGUAUUUCCAACAAAUGCUUUUCUGUGUUUUGUACUAUUUAUACAUUUCUUUCUCCAGCAAAUAUGCCCUUAAUCUUGGUAACAGUCAGGAUAUACAGUAUAAGGUGUUUGCUCUGCACAUUGUAUGGGACACUGUAUUGAGAUUGUAUUUAUGGCAUUGUAAGGUACAGCUGUCAACUGUCUGAUUAAGAAAUUAGAUCUAUUUUGUCUAAACACAUGGAGAAAGCAAAAUAUUCAGUGAUGCGAUUCAUUAAUUCUCUGAGAGAUAUGCACAAAGCCAAUCAUUUAGAGCCUCUGACAGGAGAAAAGCCACACCUGGCUUCUGUUACAUAUUUUAUUUUUUCGAUGUGCGAAUCUGGCAUUGAUUUAAAACCAUUUCAUAAAAUCAUCUGCUCUUAAAAGUACCAGAAAUUGCAAUGAGUGAGUAUGGGUCUCUGUACAAUAAAUGCCAUACAGCCUUGUUCAAUAAAUGUUCAACAAUAUUCUCCGAUGAAAAUAGUGAAGAAAAAAAACUUGACAGACAUCCCAGAUGAGAGGAUAGUUCACAUUUGAAAAAUGUCAUCUCAAUGGAAACUGUUUUUGUUGACUAAUUCUAAAGCAAGGCUUGUUGCAGAAGAUUGUCUGAUUUUCUUCUCUUGUGUGUGGUAUAUUACAAUACAGUUUUCAUGUCUCAGAACUGCUGUAUAGAAUUUUCAGAGUUCAGUGAUCGCCUUUGCGGUUGACAUUGAUACAGUAUGUGCAAGAAGCAAAGGGCUGUUGAGCAUAAAAUGCUAAGAGGCAAAAAUUGAAAAGCAAACAAAGUAAGGUUAGGUGAAUACCAGUAGCAGAUGUGUCUGUUCUAUAUCUGGGGUAACCCCAAGAGAAUGUUGCCCUUGUAUUAAAAACCAAUGGUAAUUUAAUAUAUAUAAAAAAGUAGAAUAACUAAUAAAAUAGAGGGACAUUUUGUAAUUCUUCAAAUAUAAUAAUUAUGGUUCUUCCAAACCCUUUAAACCGUUGUCUUAUAUUAAUGAAUAAGGUACAGUAUGUGCUAUGGCAGAAGCACAGCAAAAAGUAUUUAAUUUAAAAAUAUACAAUGUAUGUACACAGUACAUGUUCAGCACAGUCUUUCUUGUAAUAUGUACACUGCUGUGUAAAAUUCAUUCUGUGCAAAAACACCUUGCAUUGUUAAGCUUUUAUACACUCUGUUUUUUUGUGCAGCCACCAUUUGAACACUGACAUGUUAGUCAUUUUGUUUAAAGUAAUUUUGUCAUCCUGAUCGACAAUCAGUGAAUUUGAUUUGAUAAGUAAACGAGGAAGUAUAGCCACGUCAACGAUUCUUGGGCCACAGUUUAUCUUGAGUUGUUCUGAUCAUGUACUGUAUUUGAAGACUGACCGAAGAACAUUAAGGAUUGCUAAAUGAGACAUUUGGUUUCUUCUCACCUAGUUGUGUUAAUAACACUACGAUAAAGUUGUUAUACUGUACUGUAAUAGUGUAAAAGACUAGUGGAGGUUGUGUGUAAAUUGUUGAUGACCUUAACACGUUGUAAUCAAUUGCAUCUGAGAUGUCUAUGACUUUUGCACAGCAGGGUAUAUUGUCAUGAGACUGUACAGGUUGAGGUUUAUUGCAAGUACUCAGAUGAUAUACAGGUACAUUAAUAAAGGAAAUGAAGGAGCACCCUUUUAGUCUCACAUUUGGGGCAGGUUAAUUAAGUGCUCAGUUGUCUGAGAACAAGUAUCAGAAGACAGUAUUCAGUUCAAACUAAGGAUUGUUGUGGUGUAUGAAAAGCAUCCAGUACACCAGGACAAAAUCAGCAAUGACUAAGCAACUCUUUCAAGUGUGAAAAAUCAGCACCUCUUUUUUUUUACCAUAUUUUUUCUAAAACAUGCCAUCAAUGUAACUAGGAUACAACAGGGACUUUACUUUAUAGUCUUGCUUACCAGAUUCACUUUCACAGAUAUUGUGAAACUGUACACCAUGCCAAGGGAUAAUGCAUUACACAUGAAACUGGUAAGUUGCAGUAAUUUUUCUCAGUUUGGAAGUCUAUUUUAGAAUGUUUUCCUUCUGGUUUUUUUUUUAAAUGUUUUUAAAAACCUCACGUUGUCUACAAAAGCUGACCUUACUGUAACUUAUUCUGAAAUUGAAAUAUAGUCUGGUACUUUGUUUCACACUUAUAUGGAAAUAAGAUGCAGGCAGCAAUAUUUUUGUGUUUAAUGUACACAUACUGUAUAGUGUGGUAAAACAAUACAAACUCUAUUACUGUAUGUUCUUCAUGAGUUAUUUGGUGAUAAGAUUUGAUUUAACUUGCUGUCACCAUUUUAAGCACUUUUUAACUUAUAUUUUAUCAUGUUGACAUUUUUUCAUUAAAAAGAGGUUUCGGGUACAAGAAGCACUUUAUGAAUGUGAUAUUAACUGUUUAGCUAGAGUUUCCUGCUCAUGAAGCUGUUUAAGCCAUGUAUUAGAUCUUUUCAGGGAUUUGGACAAGACAUUUUAUUUGUCAAGGAAGACACAAAUAGAAUAUAUAAUUUUAAACUGAACUGAAACACAUUUUGGCACAGUACCACAGGCCUUUUUGUCAUAUUAGCUACUACCUAACUAUGGUUCCCAUGGGAAUUCUUAACUUGCUGAAAGAAUGAACGUUCCUACUGAUGGUAUUAUGAUUUUCCCACAGGGAAAUACUAGAGAUACUGAAAUAUAAACCCCAAUUUGUUGAACUACAUUAUGUGAAGAAAUAGGUCAGCUUUUCUUCUUGAGGUGAUGCAUUUUAUUUAGCCAACACUGCAAUCCAUGAUGCUACAGGAAACUUGAUUAAAUUUCUGUUGUUACCAUAAAAUAAAAAUGUUUGUACGUAGUGGAAUCUUUAUCUUUUUAUAUUUGUGUUUAAUAUAUCAAGGAGUACCUCUGUUCCUUUUGUAUACAAGUAUAAAAUAUGAAAUUAUAUACAUAUUAUAUAUAUGUAUAUAUACACACAAAUACAUACAAUAUACAUAUACAGACAUGCAUUUAUCAAUCAUAUGCAGAUGCAGUUACUGUGUCAGUUAAAUGUUGUAUAAUUCUUUUUGAUUAUUUUUUUUAAUUCCUGUCUUAUGGAUCACAGUUCUAUAUUCUUUUUUAAAUAUUAGUAAGAUGUUAAAUUUCUAGGUGAUCUUGAUUUGUUUACUCUUGUAUUUCUGAGCUCUGUAUUUGAAAGCACUGUAAAUGCGGUUCUCAUCUGAUUCCUCCUGUGUACACUUAGUACUAUGAUGUUGCUAUUAAAACUAUAAAAUCACAUGGUUUGUCUUUCUAUUAAAAAUCAGUGACUAAUUUGUAAAACAAUAAAGUAUUUCCUUGA